AUGGAACUCGCCGACGAUCCCAUAUCCGACUCCGACGCCCAGAACACACCCCUCCCCGCACCAACAUACGAUGAGUACGCGGACCUACAGUACCCCGUCGUCCGCCCUUCACCAGGACCACGAUACGAAGGCCAAACCGACGAUGAGGAACAAGAUCUCACACUUCAAUCCCCACUCUACCCACUUCCGGAAUUCGAAGAGAGACCAGAUGAAGAGUACGAAGACCUCACCCUACAAUCCCCACUCUACCCAGGUUCUGAGUUCGAGCAACCACCAGACGAGGAAGAGGAAGAGGAUCUCACCCUCCAAUCCCCACUCUACUCCAACUCAGAGUUCGACCACCCACCAAACGACCAAGUCGAAGACGAGCAAAUGUCCAUCGCCCCCACGUCACCAGGAUCAGGCGGCCUCUUCGUGCGCGACGAGACAGAAGCACAAAACUUUGAGGCGGCGUUGGCGUGGGAGGACGAUGGAACGCAGCAGUCCGUCGCCGAGUCUGAGCUUGGACAAGAAGAGGAAAGGCCGGACAGUGAAGAGGAGGAUGCGAUGACAUUCAUCGCGUCUCCUUCUGCUGCACCUUCGUCGGCUGUACCUACUUCGGCGGGUACGGGGCUGUUUGUGUCUGAUGGGAGUGAGACGAGGGGCUUUGCGGAGGCUUUGGAGUGGGAAGAGGAUGAUGCUGAUGACGACGAUGAGGAGAUGGAGGAUGAAGGGGAGGGUGGUGUGGAGGUGAGGAGGCGAUAG